AUGUUCUUUUUGCUUUAAAAAUUGAUUAGUUUUUAAAGAAUUAUUUUUACAUUGAUGUCUUAAUUUAUGAAAGGGUUAUCAAAAUGUGACAUAUUUGGUCAGACAAUUACAUUAAGAAUGAAUAAAUAAAAUUUUUAUAAGACUGCAUUUGGAGGAUGCGUAUCACUAAUUUUAUUUAUUGUAAUGCUGUUGAUUUUUUCUCAAAAUUUAAUCUCAUUUUUGAACAAAGAAAAUUUGACAGCAACAGUAUUAACCACGUUUGAAGAAUUUCCAUCUUUGGCUACAUUGAAUGAUGAUACUUUUGCAUUUGCUAUUCAAAUUGAAUAAAAUAAUUUUAUUGAGAAUCCUUACUUUAACAUCUAGGUUGAAUAGAUGCAUACUACUAGAUUUUUAAAUGGAUCAAAAAUGGAAAAUACUUCAUAACUUGUUCUAAUACCAUGUACAUUAGAUAGAUUCACCAAUAUUUUUAGUAAAUAUGAUGUUAAUAUAACAAAAUAAUUUUAUGAUUUGGAUCUAAAGAAUUUCUUGUGCUUUGAUUAUAAUUCAACUUUUACUAUACAAGGUACUAAUUCAAAUUAACAAUUUUGGUAUUUGAAAAUUUCAGUAAAUAAUUGUGUUACAAAUUAAUCGUGUGCUUCAGAAACUGAACGAUAAAAUGAAAUCGAAAAGAGUGGCUCAUUUAAAUUAAGACUCUACACAGUUAAUCAGAUAUUAAAUCCUUAAAAUCCUGAUGAUUAAUACUUAUAAACCUUCAUAGAUGAUUCAUUUUACCUCAAAUUUCUACCGUCAGAUGUUCUCAAAACUGCAGACAUUUUCCUUAAGGAAUAUGAAGUCUUAAACGAUUUGAGUUUAACUCCUUUUAGUGAUAUAGAAUUGUCAAAAUUUUAUAUCUUAGAUCAAUCUGAAAUGAAAGAAAGAAUUGAAUAUCAUUCUAAAACCUCAAAUGAUAUAGCUACUCUAUUCUUUCGUAAAAGUCCUUACAAGACUACUAUUUACAGAAGUUACUUAAAAAUUGAUGAAUUACUAUCAAAUUUGGGUGGCAUCUAAUAGAUUUUCUUCUUUUUUCUUGGCAUAAUUCUAUCACUCUACAACAGAUUCUAAUUACUGGUUGAAUUGGCUAAUAAACUGUAUGAAUUUUCGUUAAUUCAACUACAACAUGAAAAAAUUCAUGAAGAAAAUUUAGAACAGAUAAACCAUUUAACAACAGAAAGAUAAGAGGAACUAAGAACGAGAAGAUUAACUGAUUAAGAUUUAGAGAUUAAACUUGUAAAUCCGAGUUUGAUUAAGCAGAAAGAGAAAAACGGAAUAUUGAAAUUUGGUAUAAAGCAAUAGGAAGAUGAUUAAGAGAUCAAUUACCAAGAUGAUGAAGAUAGAAAUGUAAAAGAAGCUCACAGUAAAUUCUAGAGAUCGUCAACUCGAUUUAUUAGAAAUCCAUUUGGGAAUAAAAUUCGACCAGAAAACGGCUUAUAAUAUUUCAAAUAAUAAAUCAUUACAAUAAUUAAUAGAUCUUAACCAGUCUUAUUAAGUUUCAGUAUGAUUAUCAAUUUCAUCACUUGUAAUCGGUGUUGUUAGAAUAAAAAAAAUAUUUAGUUAAUGAAUAAAGCUAUAGACUAAAUCACAGAUUAGAUAGAUUUAUUUAAUAUAUUAACUAAAUUAAAUGAAUUAGACAAAAUGAAAGAAGUUAUUUUUACGCCUGAACAAUUAUUGGUCUUUAAUUUCACACCUAAGCCUAUGAUUUCAUUAGAUACUACAAAAAAAACAAUAAAUCGAUCCUAUUUUGAAUAGAGAUCCAAAUGUGAUAUUGAGAUUUAGUAAUGA